AGAGAGAGAGAGAGCGCGCGAGCUUAGCUGUGCUUAGAGUGAUACACUCACGCCAUUCUAUCCUCUUAUAUUUCUGUGGCAGAAAAAAACAUCCGCCCCCUGAUUCAUCAGCUCUUACUCGCUCAGGAAGAAAGAGAGGAGGCAGGCGUGUGUUCAUACAUCUGCAAUGGCCAUUGAGCUGCACUCUGGUGUCAAAUAUGGCUCGUUUUUGUCACUUGCAGUGGUGUUGGUGGCGUAUUGGUUCCGCUCACCGGACAGUUCGGUUCUGGAGGACAGACUGGACGCGGUUCUGUCUUCACUGCUGCGCGCAGAGCGGAAAGUGGGCAUGAGCAGCGUGUACAGACCGCGAGUGGCUAUAGGUUUUGGCGGCUGUGUGGAUAUCAUAGUCGAUGGAGUGACUCUGCUGAACAAAAUGGGUUUGAAGCCGACAGACCAGCCCCUCCAUCAUGAUUACAUAGAGAACGCGGAGCAGCUGGCACAGAGUUUCGCUUACUUUUUCUCCCCCGGAGCUGCUUCAGAGAGGUUUGUGAUGAACGACACACUCUUCAGUGAUCUGGUAGAAGCUUCUCGAGAGUUACCAGGAAACAGGUGGUCAAUAGGAGGAAAUGCACCUGUCAUGGCCAGCAGGAUGGCGCUGGAAGGAUGUGAUGUGCUUUUAGGGGGCAGUUUCAGCAUCGAUUUCACAGAUAUCCUCUCCCAGCGUAUCACAGUGGCUGGAAACACAGUGGAUGAGCCAGACAUCCACCUGAUCCUGGAGUAUCCCACAGGUGCCACAUGGGGGCCGUACACCUCCCGAAGGGCCAACAGGUAUAUUGUCCAUAGCGAUGACCAUAAUCCAUAUCUGGACUCUAUGGAGCAAUUUCAGGAGAAGCUGAACAGCUUCAAACCAGAUCUGCUUGUUGUAGGAGGACUACAGAUGAUGGACAACUUCCCUUUCAAACAAAGAGAGCGUGAGGCUCUGCUGGGAAAGCUGGCGAAGAUGUUGUCCUCUGCGUCCCCGCAGACCGCUGUCCAUUUCGAGAUGGCCAGCUUCGUAGAUGAGAGUCUGAUGUCAGAUCUCCUAGAGUUUGUUCUUCCUCACUCCGACUCGUUAGGCAUGAACGAGCAAGAGCUGCCCAAUCUCCUGAGCAUUUUCCGUGGCAGCAACUUGACCGUGCUUUCCGACCCCAACCCACGCGUAGCUACAGUGCUGGACCAGAUGCGAGAACUCUACCGCCUGGUAAACCAGCGCCACCGGGAGGCCGGGACGGGUCGGCCACUCACACGCCUUCACGUCCACACACUGGCUUUUCAGGCCAUCAUCGUCAAACGUGGCUCCAAGUGGAAGAACACCAUGUCGGCCACAGCCAAAGCAUCUCUGACCGCCAACCGGCACGUCUGUGGCUCGCCGGACAUAGAUCUCAGUAAAGCGCGGCUGAUCAUGGACGAAUCGUUCUCCAUUAGCAGGCAAGAAGGAAGUCAGAGAAUUCCACUCCAGGAAUCUCGACCCGUUUCCUGCUGGGAUGAGGACGGCUAUGAGGUUUGCGUGGCUCCUGUGCUGGUGUGCACUGAGGUAUACCAGACUGCUGGAGGAGGAGACAACAUCUCUGCCGCUGGGCUUGUACUGCAGAUCUGAAUAAGAGAGUCUUUUGUCUUUUUUUUUUUUUCUUUUUUUCUUUUUUUAUUGCAUUCUUUUUUUCG